CCUAUUCAGAUCUCUGUCUCGUUCUCUCUCUAUAUACACACACAAACCAAUCUUUCAAACACUAUAGACUCUAUCUCUCUCUCCUUCUUCUUCUUCUUCUUCUUCUUCUUCUUCUUCUUUCUUAUUCAUCAGCUCCGUGAGCUUUUAAAAGCUUGACCCAUUUUAGAACAUUUUCUUUGGAAAAAACCAUCUUCUUCAUCUGCUAUAGCUUACUAAGUCAAAAUAGACAACUUCUUUGUUUUUUGUUUUUUGUUUUUUUUUAAUCAUUAUCCCUUUGAAAACCCUAAUUUUGUCCGAACUCAAAGACCAUGAGCAGUACUAUCGAAGAAUCGCUGAAAUCUCUGUCGUUGGAUUACCUAAACCUCUUAAUCAACGGUCAAGCUUUCUCUGACGUCACUUUCAGCGUCGAAGGCCGUCUAGUCCACGCUCACCGUUGCAUCCUCGCCGCUCGUAGCCUCUUCUUCCGCAAAUUCUUCUGCGGAUCUGAUCCUUCACAAAUGGGAGCCGAAUCGGCUGACCAAACCGGGUCAGGAUCCAGAGCAGGCGUAGUGGGAGGAGUCAUACCGGUUAACUCGGUCGGUUACGAAGUUUUCUUACUUCUACUUCAGUUCUUAUACAGUGGUCAAGUCUCAAUCGUACCCCAUAAGCACGAGCCAAGAUCGAAUUGUGGAGAUAGAGGAUGUUGGCACACGCAUUGCACUGCAGCCGUUGAUCUCGCUUUAGAUAUCUUAGCCGCCGCUCGUUAUUUUGGCGUCGAGCAGCUCGCGUUGCUUACUCAGAAACAUCUGACAAGCAUGGUGGAGAAAGCCUCCAUUGAAGAUGUCAUGAAAGUGCUAAUAGCUUCAAGAAAGCAAGACAUGCAUCAAUUAUGGACCACUUGCUCUUACCUAGUCGCCAAAUCCGGUCUUCCAACAGAGAUUCUAGCCAAACAUCUCCCAAUCGAACUCGUAGCCAAGGUUGAAGAGCUUCGUCUCAAAUCUUCCAUGCCUCUUCGUUCCCUAAUGCCUCACCAACAUGACCUAACGUCAGUUCUAGACCUAGAGGACCAGAAAAUCAGAAGGAUGAGACGAGCAUUGGACGCCUCAGAUGUCGAGCUCGUGAAGCUAAUGGUUAUGGGAGAAGGACUCAAUCUAGACGAGUCCUUAGCUUUGAUUUACGCGGUGGAGAACUGUAGUAGAGAGGUUGUGAAGGCACUUCUUGAGCUUGGAGCAGCCGAUGUGAACUAUCCUGCGGGUCCGCGAGGGAAAACCGCGCUUCACAUAGCGGCGGAGAUGGUCUCUCCGGACAUGGUGGCUGUCUUACUCGAUCAUCAUGCCGAUCCAAACGUUCAGACUGUUGAUGGUAUCACUCCUCUUGACAUCCUUAGAACCCUAACGUCAGAUUUCUUGUUCAAGGGGGCGAUUCCUGGAUUGACUCACAUUGAGCCAAAUAAGCUCAGACUUUGUCUUGAGCUGGUCCAGUCCGCGGCAUUGGUGAUUUCACGCGAAGAAGGGAACAAUAACAAGAACGACAACAACACCGUGAUCUACCCUAGGAUGAAAGACGACGAACACACGAGCGGAAGCAACGGAGGAAGUAGUUUGGAUUCAAGCUUGGUUUAUCUGAAUCUUGGAGCUACAAAUCGGGAUCUUGGACAUGGACAUAGCAAUCAAAGGGAGGGAAUGAGCCUGCAUCACCACCAUGACCCGUCAAAGAUGUAUCAUUAUCAUCAUCACCACCACUACUAGGGUUUUAAUUAAGAUAAAACAUAUUCAAUGAUAUGAUUAAUCUGUUGUUAUGAUCAUUUUUCUAUAUGUGUAUGGCUAUGGGAACAAAUGUUAACGGUAAUCCCGUGAAGAUCGUGGAAGGAGGUGAGAAGAGAAGGAGAGCACAAUCAAAAGGGUCAUAUAUAGAUGGUGAAAAAUUAAUCUUGAGUUACACGUUGACAUAUUUAGGCUUUAUUAGUAAUUAGUAAUAUACAUACACUUUCAUUAGCGGUACGGCCUCG